AUGGGCGGCGAGAACGGUCCAGGCUCGUCUCCGCGUCCGCUCACUGCGUAUGAUCCCGAGCCCUUCGAACCCGGUACGGCAGAGUUCGUCAAGCUGAAGGAUGAUGAGUACGAUGCUUACCUCAAAGCACGCCAUCAACUCGAUGAGGUGCAAAGGCAAGCCCAAAGAAUAUUUCAAGGCUUUUCGUUCCGUUUCUCUGACUCCAACGCCCCCUUCGGAGUAAGAUGGGAGGAAACGGUUGAGCAACUUCGAGUGUACAAGAAACGACAUGAAGACAUCUUCGACGAACUUGCAACCCUUCUAGGUUCACCAUUGAGAGCACAAGUCCUUGUUGCCCCCAGGCAUGUGUUCAUGCCUCCGCUCUAUCCAUACUAUGAGCUCGUCGAUUGGCAGAACAACUGGAAGAUCCAGAUAACGCCUGUUUGCGACCAUCCGUGGUAUGACGCGUGGAAGGCGAACCCCGACAUGGUACUAGACAGCGCAGAGAGUGCUGAUUCCCUGCCACCAAACUCACUCCCAGAGCGGGACCCGUAUCGUGUUCCUCGAACGAGGGAGAAUCCUUGGGGGGAUCCGAUGUUUGAGGUGGACGUACCAACCAGACACCAGCCUAACAUUGGCAGGGGCAACCGCCAUGUAGAACCCGCUGCUAGCACCGCUACCGAAGCGACCACCAACGCCCCAGGUCCUUCCGCUCCCGACCCCACCGUUAAAACCACUGCCUCUUCCAGCACAACAGGUCCGACCGUGCCACCAGUGGCAGCCGGCUCAUCUGCCUCCAAAACUCGACAGACCACCAAAGUCACGGCCCCUGCCCAGACUGCGCGCUCCCUUCGCGCCCAAACCAGAGUUGGUCAGCGCGCCGUCACGCCCGCUGUCGACGGCGCAGGCCCUUCGACCCGCUCCCGCUCCCGAUCCUCCUCCCCCGAUCCAUUCAUUCGCCGCCCCAAGAGAUACACAGCGAAAGAAAAGGGCAAAGGAAAGGCCACGGACGCCGUUGAGGACAACACCGCUGCCGCCGCCGCCGCCGCCUCCUCAACGAAAGCCAGCGGAUUCGGAUCCGGCUCUGGAGCCGUGUCGCCCAAGAAAGACAAAGGAAAAGGCAAAGCCAGAGUGACCUCCCCCGGUCCUCCCUCCUCCUCCUGCGCGACCGCCAACAAAGUCAUCAAGUCGUCAAGCUUCAAGCCCGCCGCCGCUGCCCAACGCGCAACCAUCAAGCGCUCGCAAGUGAAGAAGGGCAAGUACUGGGCUUUCAAAGCGGAACAACACCUUCUUGCUGCUGCUGGUCUUGAUGACUCCGACAGCGACGACAGCGACGACAGCGACGAUAGUGAUAGUGGCGAAGCCAAGAACAAAAACGACAAGUUCUUCGUGCUCGCUUGCCCCGCUCCCGAGCUGCUUGGAGUGUGUCAGGCCGAUACCCCGAACUUUAAUCGGCAUCCCUUCAAGAGGAACAGAGCGGUGGAACACUUCAGGAAGUGUGGUGUUGAGGCGGAGGGUGAAGAGGAUAUCUUUGCGCGGUUUGCUAGGGAAGUUGUCCAAGAUACGGCAAGAUGGCCGGUUAAUGAGGAGUGGGCGAGGAAACAUAACCAGGGCUUGAUUGGAAAGAGAUAGAGAUGGGGAUGAGGCGAUGGAGGAUUUGGAGUGAUUGCACUUGUGUCAUGGAUGGUAUAGGGAGAGAAGGGUUAUGUUAUUGUCAAGUGACUGUUGGAGGAUGUUCGAAUGAACAUCAAAGCAGGAGUGACAAUGCUUGUCCAAACUUCUAUGAUGACAAGAAAGAAGGUACAAGGGAGCAAGUUCUCUGGGAAGGAAGCGUCAUGCGGCAUGGAAGGAGUUGUGGUCAGCGUCAGGUAUAUAAGGUAGGGGAAGACUACUUCCACAGAAAAUAGACAUUUGGGAACCUCAUCUAUUUGCACAGUCUAUCGGACACGUCUCUGUUAUAUAGAAAUAGACUCCCUCAUAUGCAA